AUGGCUUGGCCAGAUGCCAGAAACCAUUGCCAAAAGUCCUUCACUGACCUCAUUGCAAUUCAGAACAAUGAAGAAAAUAAUUAUCUGAAUAUGGUGUUACCAAGAAAUCCAAAUUAUUACUGGAUUGGAAUAAGAAAGAUCCAUAACGUUUGAACAAACAAAACACUGACUAAAGAGGCAGAAAACUGGGCUAAAGGUGAGCCAACUCUUGGAGCAGAAGAUUGCAUAGAAAUUUAUAUAAAGAGAGACAAAGAUUCAGGAAUGUGGAAUAACGAUCCCUGUGCAAGAAUGAAACGAGCAAUAUGUUAUUUAGCAUCAUGCAAGUCUACUUCAUGCAGUGGAAGUGGAGAAUGUGUGGAAACUAUUGGAAAUUACACCUGUCGGUGCAAUGAAGGAUUCUAUGGGUCAGAGUGUGAAUUUGUUAUAAAAUGUGCGAAUCUGGAAACUCUUGGAAAUGGAUUCAUGAGCUGCAUGCAUCCCUUCAGGCCUUUUAGUUACAACUCUUCAUGUGACUUUAGCUGUAAUAAAGGAUUUGAGCUUCGUGGAUCAGUCAGAUUUCAGUGUGGAGCUUCUGGACGAUGGAUAGGGCAGAAACCCAACUGUGAAGAAAUGAAGAAAACAUGGAAACAACUGCAGUUUAACCAUGCAAUCGCAACCAGUGCUGAAUUGAUCACAUAG